AUGGCGAAGCGUACGAGUGCCCAGGAGCCUGGGCCCAAAUCGGUGCGCACAACGGCUAUUGAAGCAAAUGUUGCGCACUCGGACCUGGCAAAGCGGCGCGCGGACACUGCGUCGGCGCGCGCCGCGCAUGCGGCCGACGGCGCGCUGCAAGCGAAAGAGGAGCGCGUUGUGCUCGAUCCUCCCGCGGAGCCGCGUGCGAGCGAUGGUAUCCGCAACCUUCCCAAAGGCGACAAGGAGGCAAUGAUUCUCCUGAUUCUUUUGUACAUGCUGCAAGGCAUGCCGAUUGGAUUGGCUUUUGGCACAAUGCCCUUCCUGCUCAAGGCGAAUAUGAGCUACACGGAUGUGGGCACCUUUAUGCUGUGCACCUACCCCUACUCCCUGAAGCUGCUUUGGAGUCCGAUCGUGGACACGCUCUUUGUGUCCGAGUGGAAGGUGCCCUUUACGUCGCUCACGCUUUCGCUUGGCCGCCGCAAGUCGUGGGUCGUGCCGAUUCAGAUGAUUAUCGGCAUCAUGUUCUAUGUGCUUGCGGCGCAUGUCGAUGACCUCGUGUUGUCCGAGUCGCCGAAUGUCUACGUCGUAACUGGCCUCUUUUUCGCACUCAUCUUUAUGGCGGCGACGCAGGACAUUGCCGUGGACGGCUGGGCCCUCACGCUGCUUUCCGAAGAGAACGUCGGCUAUGCGAGCACUGCGCAGACGAUCGGAGUGAACAUUGGCUACUUUAUGAGUUUCACCGUGUUCCUCGCAUUCAACAGCACCGAGUUCGGUAACAAAUACUUUAGGGCACAGCCGCUCGACUAUCCCAUGCUGAGCCUCGCGACCUACCUCAAGAUCUGUGCCGUGCUCUUUCUCGUGGUCACCUCAUGGCUGCUCCUUUUCAAGAAGGAGCAGAAAGAGGGCCGCCACUCGACGGAAAUGGGUGUGCGCCAAGUGUACUCGAUCAUGUGGCGCAUCUGCCGCCUGCGCCAUGUACAGCUGCUCAUGCUCGUGCACUUUAUUGCCAAGAUUGGCUUCCAGACGAACGAGGCGGUGACCGGUCUGAAGCUCGUCGAGCGCGGCCUCGGAAAAGAGGACCUGGCGUUUGCCGUAUUGCUCGACUUCCCCUUCCAGAUUGUCUUUGGCUACCUCGCGGCGAUGUGGUCGAAAGGCGAUCGGGCGCUAUACCCCUGGCUCGUUGCCUUUGUCGCCCGCCUCGCGCUGGCCAUGGUCAGCAUGGCGAUUGUUCACGGCAUGCCGACGCCCCCUGCGGCGAUUGGCGGCUCCUACUUUUUGGUGAUCAUCACCUCGACCGUGCUCAACAGCUUUGCGAGCACAGUGCAGUUUGUGGGCAUCUCGGCCUUCCACACGCAGAUCGCCGACCCGUUGAUUGGCGGAACGUACAUGACGCUGCUCAACACGGUGAGCAACCUCGGCGGAACCUGGCCGCGCUUCUUUGUGCUUAAGAUGGUCGACUUCUUUAGCGAGUCCGAGUGCCAGCCGCCGCCCGAAGUGAGCCUCGAGCGCGUAAAGGAGAUUUUCGGCCAUGCGAACACGAACGCGUCCUUGGGCGAGUGCCUGUCUGACGCGGGCAAGUCGCACUGCCACGCGAUUGGAGGCACAUGCAACAUCAUCCGCGAUGGAUACUACUGGACGAAUACGAUCUGUGUCGCGAUCGGUGUCGUGACGCUCGUCGCAUUCAUCCUGCCCGUCUGCCGGCGCCUCCAAAAGAUUCCCCCGGCCGCCUGGCGCGUUCCCCUCCACACUUCGGCGCAGUCGUAG